CCAUGAGCUCGGCGUUUACGGGCCCACCGACGGGCCCACGGUGAGGAGUAACGAUAACCGAUCGGAGCCGUACCCGGUGACGAUGGAGGACGCGGUGCGGGCCGGCAGUAGCGUGUCGCCAAAGACGCAGAGCCAGCCCACGCCGUUCAGCAUCGCGGACAUACUGAGCAGCCGACAGGCCGACCCGCAGCGGCACGACGAACAGGUCCACCACCACCAGCAGCACCUCCUCCGGCUGCCCCAGGAGGAGCUGAGCGUGAUCAAGGAGCUGGACGCGUUGCGCCGGAACCUCGCCCAGGCGAACCUCGCGGGCUUUCCGGGCCUGGCCCGCAUCGAGCCGGCCACCUUCAAGCCGAUCGACUUGAACGAGUUUGCGGCUGGUUUACACGGUAGGGCAAAGGCUGCCCAGCAGAGGCAACAGCAGGACGAGGCCCUGGACAUGAGCAAAAGUAAAUACCUCGACGACCUGGACGACGAGGAGCUGUACGAGGCGCACUGCCACGAGCGCAGCCUCACGGGGGGUAGGAAGAAGCGCAGCAGGGCAGCUUUCUCGCACGCCCAGGUGUACGAGCUCGAAAGGAGGUUCGCGACGCAAAAGUACCUCUCGGGGCCGGAGCGCGCGGACCUGGCGCGCGGCCUCAAGCUCACCGAGACCCAGGUCAAGAUAUGGUUUCAGAACAGACGGUACAAGACGAAGCGGCGCCAACAGCAGGAGCUGGGGGCAUUGGUGGGCUCGGGUGCGGCUAGGAGGGUGGCGGUGAGGGUGCUCGUUCACCCGGACGAACAGCUAAGGGGUCCCGUGGCUGCUGUCCCGAUGGCCACGUCCAGUGGGCCCAACGUUGGGGGGGCCACGGCUUCGGUGCAUCAGUUGCCGGGGACAGGCAAGCCGGGCCUCGCCGUCGCUGGUUUUCCUUACUACUGCCUGCCGUAUCAUCCCCUGCUCUGCGCCCCGGCGGCCCUGCACCAACAGCAGACCCCACCGCAACAGCAGCUCUCCGUCGACGGCUUGCCUUGCGGCCACGACAAGCGGCUUUAA